AUGGAAAUUACCGAGCCCACACUGUGCGUUUUUUAUGUAAGCAAAAUUUUGGGGCUGGCACCAUUCUCGGCACGCAGAAACUCAAAGGGUGUGCUGGAUAUACGACGUAGUAUCAUGUUUUCGGUUUACUCGGCCUCGCUAUGCUUAAUAAUGGUUUUUUUGACCUAUCAGGGAUUGUUAUUCGAUGCAAAUUCACAGGUGCCUGUGCGCCCAUCUUUUAGAAUGAAAUCGCCCACUUCUAAAGUGGUAACAGCGCUAGAUGUUUCGGUGGUGGUGCUGGCGUGUUCGACGGGAGUUGGCUGUGGGUUAUGGGGGCUGCGAUCGACGCGUGAAUUGAAUUCGCGGCUGAGGAAGAUCGAUGAUUCUUUGCAUUCUUUCUCGAACUUUAAACGCGAUCGCAUAAUGGCCAUAUUAAUGACGGUGCUACCUUUUAUAGUAAUAACUUCGCUCUUAGGACUCGACAUUUCGACAUGGCUGCGCUUUGCCAUUGGCAUGAGAACUCCCGAUGACGAUACGGAGAUAAACGUGCAAUGGUACAUACCUUUUUACAGUCUGUACUUCAUAUUGACUGGCCUGCAAAUGAAUUUUGCCAAUACUGCAUUCGGUCUGGGUAGACGCUUUCGGCGAUUAAAUGUGAUGUUGAGGAGCACUUUUCUAAAAGUUGAGAACAACAAAAAGGAAACUACGGGCAAGCCGCUAAUUACGACAGUCAAAGUUGUAUCCCAACAUCCUUUGGCACUGCACCAAAGUCUGUCCAAAUUUGCGAAUGAAAGUGUGCAAAAAGAAGGGUCAGGCAAAAAUAAAGUUGUUUUGCUAAAAUUACUUGAAGAAAAUCACGAGUCCCUUGGAAAGUGCAUGCGUCUGGUCUCCAACUCCCACGGUAUUGCAGUGCUCUUCAUACUGGUCUCAUGUCUACUGCACUUGGUUGCCACAGCGUAUUUCCUUUUUUUAGAACUGCUAAGUAACAAGGACAGCGGCAUGGUGUGGCUCCAAGUACUGUGGAUUAUAUUCCAUUCUUCGCGCUUAAUUUUAGUUGUGGAGCCAUGUCAUUUGGCGACAAUAGAGUCCAAAAAAACCAUACAAAUCGUGUGUGAAAUUGAACGUAAAGUGCAUGAUCCAAUAUUGGCAGAAGAGGUGAAAAAGUUCUGGCAACAAUUACUUGUUGUUGAUGUGGAAUUUUCUGCGAGUGGUUUGUGUCGCGUUAAUAGAACUUUACUAACAUCGUUCAGCUCGGCUAUUUGCACGUAUCUGGUCAUUCUAAUACAAUUUCAAAACACUAACGGCUAAGCAACUCGAUAUUUGGGAGCG